AUGUCAUUUACUCAGGAGAAGAAAUGCUUUAUUAAGGUGGUAGCGAUUGGAGACUCAGGAGUAGGAAAGACAUCAUUAAUUCAAAUGUUUGAAAACUCAAAAUUUACAGAAAAUUUCAAGCCAACUAUAGGAGCUGACUUUAGCAAUAAAGAAAUUACAAUCAAUGGCAGAGUAGUCACUUUGCAAAUUUGGGACACUGCUGGAUAAGAGAGAUAUCAAAGUCUUGGAACUGCUUUCUACAGAGGAGCUGACUGCUGCUUGAUCGUAUACGAUAUUACAAAUAGUCUAUCUUUCGAGAAUGUGAUUAAUUGGAAGAAUUCUUUCUUAAAUAAGAGUAUGGUAGUAAAUCCUGAGGGUUUUCCUUUUAUGAUAGUUGGAAACAAAAUUGAUCUUGAAAAUGAAAGACAAGUGUCGCUUAAUGAAGGAGAGAAAGUAUGCAAAUAAAAUGGAGAUUUGCUUUUCACAGAGGCAUCAGCCAGGACAAAUUAAAAUGUAGAAAUAGCAUUCUAAAAAUUAGCAGCAAACGCUUUGAAAAGAUAGGAAGAGAUGUAGAAGUCACUUGAUGAAAGUAUGCAAAACAGAAGAGCUUAGGAAAGAGAGAAAAAUAAGAGAUUAGGAAGGCCUGAUAAAUAAGCAGGAUAAACCUAAGGUUCUUAAUGUGAAUAAUGUUGA